CUGAUGACUGACAGGCAGACCGAGACAGUCUGAUAUACAACUUCCUUGACACCGACUCGUGAUCGAAACUCUCUCAAUUUCGUGGGCGUUCGUCAAACACAUACAGCAUAUUAUGAAGAUUAUGGUGUACAGUAUACUGAAAUGAUAAAAUGGCACUGAGAACAUACCAGUUUGGACAAUAUGUUAUCAAAGCAUCUUUUGUCUUCUACAAAACUCCAUUGACGUAUGCGUUUGUUAAUAUCAAGCCAGUUUUAACUGGACACGUUCUUGUUUCUCCUCUAAGGGUUGUUGAACGUUUCAAAGAUCUGACACCAGGAGAAGUAUCUGAUUUAUUCUGCUGUACACAACAUAUAUCAAAAGUUGUUGAAGAGGUGUUUAAGGCGUCUUCCCUCACCAUAGCCAUACAGGAUGGGCCAGAAGCUGGACAAACAGUAAAGCAUGUUCAUGUUCACAUAUUACCGCGAAGAGAAGGAGAUUUCCAGAAUAACGAUGAUGUUUACGAAAAGCUCGAGAAGCAUGACAAAAUAACCGAUGUCAAAAAGAUGAGGACGGAAAAUGAAAUGGAUUUAGAAGCUGCAACUUUGAGAGCACAUUUCAAACCUGAAUUCACUGAUCAUAUGGAAUCCCAAGAUUGUUCAAGCUGAAGGCUGUGUUUAAAAAAGGACUCGUAGUUGCAAAGAAAGUCAGUUAAAAUGGAAUUGGGUAAACAUUGAUGUGUAGAGAUUAAGCAAAUCCAUAUUUUUUCAUCGAUAAGUGUUAUGCUUAUAGAAUACUUAUAAAUAAAUCCAUAUAUGAUCGUUGAUAAUGGCAGGUAUCUCCAAUCCAGGGUUAUACAAUGUACAUUACUCAUACAAGACAUCCAUGACGUCAAAAAUGCUCCAUUUGGUAGCCAUGACAACAGUUGUCUCAUUGCCCAGGUAGAUAAGAGAUGAUAUCACCUCAUUAAAUUAAAGAGAUAUGGAUGAAAAAAUGCAAAAAAUCAUGUAGAUGAAGAUAAUGGAGCACGGAUCAUCGGCAACACUCGUCGUUUAUAGAUCAUUAAAGAUGGCCGAGACUUCAGUCAGUGCAGUUGGAAGGAUAAAAAAUGAUAGUGCUCUUAAAAUCCAUCCAUUCAGCAUCCAUUUAUUAAUACCAUGCUCGUCUUGCACGGAGAGGCGAAAAAUUGACUUUUAGUACAAAGCUGUAAAUGUAGGUAUUAUAUAGUACACAAGAUGCAAACUUUUCUAAGAAUUUAGAAAUGUUUCUAUUGUUAAUUCCCAUCAAUAAUACUUGUAUGUUUUCUGUGUACUUCUUGUCAAUAUAUUUGAGCAAAGCAACUUAAUGUGACAGAUACUCGACAAUAUGUUCGAUGGGAUAAUGUCAGAUACGACUCCAGAUUAGAGGAUUACCUUUUUGUAAAGGUGACUCAAGUUGAGAGAAAAAGGCAAAGGUCAUAUAAGGUUUAUGUUUUGCCAAUAUGAAUUUUUUUAAAUAAAAAAUAAAUCAACAAUUUGUAAAUAGAAAAUUACAUAUUAAGUCGGUGACAAUUAAAUCUGUUGCAAUUAAAUGCAGUAUUCUGCAGUGUACGUUUUGAAAGUUCCUCUGCCUUUUUGUGGCAUUCAUCUAUUUUUGCAAUUGUUGUUCCCUAUUUUUAUAUGCCCAGUGUUUCUAGAAUGCCUGUUUGAAAGUAAAACUGCAUUUCUGAUCAACUGUCUUGGUAAUGAUCAACGUAACAUUGCAACUCUGCAAGAUGCGUGCAUAUUUGGGUGCUCCACUAAGUACUGACACACUAACCAAAUACAGAAAUGUACUAUAUCAUGGAAUUGAUGGUUGAACAUUUGAAGUUACUGGUACUAGUGCAUAUGACUAUGAGCCACAGUGAUCUCUUUCUGUCAUAUUGGAUUUGGGGAGUGUAUGUGUGAGGUAUAAUCAUUUGGUUUAUCAACAGAACAACAAUCACCUUUCCAGUUCUGAGUAUUACAAUAGUAGUGUCACUGUAAUGUCAAGUAAUUUGUGUGCUAGCUUGUGUGCGAACUAUUCUCAUUUUUAAAAAAAAAAAUUGUUAAAGUUAUUUAUAAACUGUUUGUUUUCAGUUGUUUUUUUUUUAUUCAUGU